AUGGUGUUAGAAGCCUCCAUGAUAGUUGUUGACAACAGCGAAGCUAGUCGAAACGGCGAUUAUGUACCCUCGCGAUGGGAAGCGCAACAGGAUGCUGUCAACAUGAUCUUCUCCGCGAAGACUGGAGCAAACCCAGAGUCUUCUGUGGGCUUGAUGAGCAUGGGAGGCAACACUCCGGAGAUCCUCACGACUCUGACAACGGAUAUUGGCAAGGUGCUUGAUGGACUGCACAGGACAAAGAUAAAGGGUAGCUCACAUUUCGUCACUGGCAUCAACGUGGCGGCGCUGGCUCUCAAGCAUAGGCAGAACAAGUCACAGAAGCAGAGAAUAGUCAUAUUCAACUGCAGUCCUAUCGAGGAAGAGGAGAAGAACCUGGUGAAAUUGGCGAAGAAGAUGAAGAAGAGCGGUAUCAGCAUUGAUAUCAUCGCGUUCGGCGAACUCAGUGACGACACCACGCGGAAACUCCAGGCCUUCAGCGACAACGUGCAGAGCGCCGAAGGCUCCUACCUAGCCAUCAUCCCACCCAGCGCAAACCUACUCAGCGAUUCUUUGAUUACCACACCCAUUGUCGGCGGAGAGGGCGCGUCCAACGCUGGGGGUGAAGGCGGUUCUGGAGGUGGUGGCGGCGGUGCAUCGGGCGGCAAUGACUUCGAGUUCGGAGUAGAUCCUUCGGUCGACCCGGAACUUGCACUUGCGCUUAGAAUGUCUUUCGAAGAAGAGAAGGCACGACAAGAGAAGGAUAAGAAGGCUAAGGAGGCUGCGGAGGGCAAGUCGGAGCUAGAGCCAGUUGCUGAGGGCGAUGAGAAGCAACCAUUGUUAGAUGAUCAGGGUCAGCCUAGUGGAAGUGGAAGCAAGAACAAAAAGGACGAUGACACAGAUAAGAUGGACACAGCAUGA